ACACAGAGGGGGGACACCAGCCUUCAGUCAAGGCUGUCUGAGUCAGUUUCAGUGGUCAUGUUGUGAUCGACAGGAAAGCGUCACCUGCGAUCGAGAGCUGCCGGAGACUGCAAACUGACAGGCGGAGGAAAAUGAACUUUACCGGGAUUUCGACAAGCUGAAGGAAACAAGCCACGGGAAAGAGCAAAUCUAGAGAACCCAACACCAGCCCCCCAGCGUUAAUGAAGAAGAUUCCCAGUGAUGGAGACUGGGGUUCCUGAGGCAGUAGAGAGGGAGUCCAGGGGAACAGCGGAGGAAGAGGAGGAAAAUGGAUCUUCCGCAAUGAUCUGGAGCCUGGAAGAGGCAAAUGAGAAGCAGACGUCUCAGAUCGGUGCCUCUGCAUGCGGCGCCACGGCAGUGAUCGACGUGCUUCAGGCACUGGGCUUCAACGUGGCUGCUGAGGUCGUUGACUGCUUUGUCGGGACCAACCUGCGCAAGAAUGAAGCCCUCCUGCCAGAAUACCUACUGUCCAGGAGUGUGGCAGGGGCCACGGCCGCUCAGCUGGUGGCCGGUGUGGAGAAGCUCAGCGGGGGUGUGGUGGUGGGCAGGUUGUUCUGCCUGUAUCCGGAGCGGCAGGUGGACCUGUGCAGGUGGCUGGGCCAGUGGAUCCGGAAGGGGGCGGUGCCCGUGGCCACCAUGAACAUGCAGGUGGGCGUGCCCCCGGGGGAGGAGAUUCCCGACGCCUGGCACCACCAGAUGGUGUUUGGGGUGGCGCCAGACACCGUCUACAUGACCAACCCUCUGGAAGCGGAGAAGGCCAGCCUGGUGAUGCAGCGGCUGUGCAGUGACUCUGUGCUGCUGGUUCGGAGAGAGGACGUUCUGGUGAGGCUGUCCGACGACACCAAACUGUCCGCGCUGUCCCAAGUGCAGGACGACCCUCGCUGGGACCAGCUGGACGUGGCAGGCCAGGUGGGUCAGAUGAUAUAUGAGGAGAUCACACCGGAUGAAGGCGCUGCCACCACCCACCUGGUUAUCCCAGCAAUGUAUAAAUCAGGGAUCACUCUGUUUGCAGUGAAGGACAGCGAGCUGGGAUAGGAGCUGCUGAGUGCUGCAGACCUGCCACUGCUGCACCCCCCUCACUGAACACACACGCACACGAACACACACCCCGACACUGCUGCAUCCCCCUCACUGAACACACACGCGCACACAUCCCCGACACUGCUGCACCCCCCUCACUGAACACACAUGCGCACACGCACCCCCCUCACUGAACACACACGUGCACACGCACACACCCCCUGACACUCAUGACCUUGUCAACCACACCACUAUCAGCACAUGUUGCACACAGGGAUCAUUACAGGCAUUGCAAGCACAGCUCACAAAGGGCUCCAUCAUGAGGGCUGUUUGAAUUGUAAGCAUGGGGUUUUCUCUUUAGUUUGAUCUAGUUGAAAGCGUAUUAUUCGUAAUCAAAUCUCUAAAGCCCCUUUCACACUGGCACUCACUGCUCCCUGGGUCUGCCUGAUCUAAAGUCCCGAUUCCAGUCGCACCUUUAACAAUCGUUCUGGUCCUUUUUAUAAUGGCAGGGAUUUUAACAUUAUACAAGUAUAUAGGGGCACUCAGCGGCCCUUCUGACCUGGGUGGUCUUCUUUGCUGGCUAUGUAUUUUUGGGCCAGGAGGUGGAGCAAUUGCAUAGAAAAAAAAUGGACAGAUUUUUUGUAAUGUUUUUAUUAUUGUUUAAACGAAUGAAAUCUAAUAUGCUGUAAAGAUUUGUUUUAUUUUUCAGUG